GACUGUUGUUUAGCCGGAGUUUAGACGUGUGUUUUUUUUGAUGCGGGCAAUAGGUGGGCAGGCUUUGCACAUUUAUUCAUAAUUAAGUUAUUGUUUUUAUGUGAAACGAAUCAACGGCACCAGUGCAAACGAGUUGCUGACCAAACAAUAGGGGUUCGCGUAUUUGCAAUACGAAAAUAAAACACAAAUCAGUAGCUGCUUAAAGCCACAGAAAAACGCUUAAAUGUCACAACACAACAAAAAGGACACAGGCAGCCAUGCGAAUAGCACACGCCAGCGCAAACAGGACGACAGCAACAGCAACAGCAACAAAAGCCAAAAGAAGCAGCAGACGCCCAAUGGUAGCGCCAAGGGCAACAGCAACAGCAGCAACACCUCACUUACAGUUAGUAAUAGCAGCAACAGCACUAGCAGCAGCAGCAGAAGCAGCAGCAGCAGCGCUGCCAAAAUGCAAACGCUCGCAGCGACACACACGAAGCCCAACAGCGGCGGCGGCAGCAGCAACAAGACUCAGCUAAGCAAAAAGGAUAAACAGCAAAAAGACAAAGAGCGCAUGGAACGCGCACAGCUGGUGCUCUGGCGUCAUCCAAUGCAGACGUCCAAAUACUGUGCAUUCGAACUGAUUGCACUGCUGCGCACCUGGAGCAGCAGAUUACUGAAGCAACGCGGCCUGUUGGCCGUUUUAAUAGUAUUAGGCAUUGUAUUUAGCAUAAUUUACAAACUAGAUGGGCCACAUCAGCUGCUCAUUGAGCUGGUGCGUCGCAAUACCUGGUUCUUUGUCUACUGGCUCGGUUUGGGCGUUCUCUCAUCGGUCGGCCUGGGCACUGGGCUGCACACAUUUCUGCUCUAUCUGGGCCCACACAUAGCCAGCGUUACAUUGGCCGCCUACGAGUGCAAUUCACUCGAUUUCCCCCAGCCGCCCUAUCCCGACGACAUCGUUUGUCCGGAAGAGCCGUAUAUGAAGCGCAUGCCCAAUAUUUGGUCCAUCAUGUCAAAGGUGCGCCUGGAGGCGUUCCUUUGGGGAGCUGGCACUGCAUUGGGCGAACUGCCGCCAUAUUUUAUGGCCAAGGCCGCACGUCUGUCCGGCUAUGAUCCGGACGAUGCCGAGGAGCUGGCCGACUUUGAGGCGCUCAAUGCCAAGCGUCACCAGAAGAACCUCAGUCUCAUGGACAAGGGCAAGCUGUUCAUGGAGCGUGUCGUCGAGCGUGUUGGCUUCUUUGGCAUAUUGGCCUGUGCGAGCAUACCCAAUCCGCUGUUCGAUUUGGCCGGCAUCACUUGUGGCCAUUUUCUGGUGCCAUUCUGGACAUUCUUUGGCGCCACACUGAUCGGCAAGGCCAUCAUCAAGAUGCACAUACAGAAGAUCUUUGUGAUUAUCGCAUUCAAUGAGUCGCUCAUCGAGCGGGCCGUCGAUCUGAUUGCCACGAUGCCAAUAUUUGGUCGCAAGCUACAACAGCCGUUCAAGGCAUUCCUCGAGAAUCAGAAGCAGCGACUGCACCGACAGCAGCGCGGACGCAACGCUAACGCCGCCGCCGGUGCUGAUUCGGGUAAUCUGAUAUCAAAAAUCUUUGAGACCUUUGUCAUUGGCAUGGUCUGCUAUUUCGUGGUGUCCAUUGUCAACUCCCUGGCCCAGAGCUAUCACAAGCGGCUGCACAAGAAGCCGCGCCAUGUGCCGCCGACUGCCACGCCCAGCGCUAGCAUAAGGAAGCAUAACAAGCCGAAGGCGCUGCGCGAUUAGGCGCCUGCCCACAAAAAUCCUACGGCUGUUGUCUCACCCAUGCUAAAUUCUUUGUUAA